AACUGUCAUGUGUACAACAGGUCAGGUUUAUUAGGACAACAAUGUUUACACAGACGAUUAUCACAAUGUCCUGAUAAAACACGUGUAUCAGACGGAGCGACGUGGGUAGCUUUGCUGGACCUGUUGUGAUUUGUUACUGUUGCUUAUUAUAAUCCUAUCUAUUCAACAGAAGUGAUACAAAUAUGUAACAGUGCGUAAAUGGAUAGAUGUGGCUGUUUGAAUAUUUAAUGAUGCAACUCACAGUGGAAUACAAACAAAUUUUAUGAAUAUAAAUUACGGAGUCUGGAGAUAAUGGUUUACAUGCGACAACAAAAUCUUGGAUGGCUAUAGGUGGAAAUCAAAGGAAGUAUACAUAAUAUCAAUACGAUUUUGAAAUUUACAUUAUAUCAUCGACGUGAAAGUCAUUCUGUGAUUAUCGGACCAAGUUCCUUGACAGUUCACACUAUACAUAAUCAACUUCCGGUCCAGUCACAACGAUACAUACCCACUUCCUGUCUUGUCCACACUUUAAUAUCAACUUCCGGUCCAGUCAUCACCAAACUUGGAUACUGUUAACGUACGACCAAGUCCUAAUGGAAACAUACACGUCCGGUCCAGUUCCUAAUGUACAAGUCAACUUCCGGUCUGGUAGACACGACAUAUAUCAACAUCCGGUCUAAACCAUACUGUACCUUCCCACUUCCGGUCGACGAUUAAUGAGAUGACGAUAUGAGGUAGUACAAUGAGUUUGGCGUUGACUAUCAGUGGACGAUGCAAUCCUACGGAUGGAGAAAUCAAGUCAAUAUGAUGUCCCUGCUGCAGGUCAUAGAGAAAAAAGACAAGGACCGCCGAAGGCACCAGCACAGUCUCUAUAAGCCAGCUGGUCAUGCGCAGACCACCAGGCGGAAGUCAAUAGUUGGAGUCUGUACUGUUGAUGACGUCAACACUCUAAGUGAUAAAUGGAGCAGUGUGCGGAACAGCCAUGGGGACAAUCCGCAAUCUAAACGAUUUUUUGAUAGUGACAAUAUUUUACUCUCCGUGUUUGACCAUGAAUCCCGCCGAAGACGGGAACUUUCUCGUUCUAGUGACCACCCAGUGCUCUAUAAUGACACACAUAUUCGCUUCCCGCGAUUAUCCUCUACUCCACUAAACCGUGUCCAUAGAAACACCAAAUUGGCAGUUUCUGUUCCCUCGGACAGUAGUUUCGAUACGGAAGGUCCGGGCGGACAAACCGUAACGAUCCCUAGGACGGGACUGGUUCGAUUACAGUACUGUCAUCGUUCUCGCGAGGAAUCUGUCCGAAAUAUCGAAAAUAAAUCCAAAGUUAUUUCGAUUGUAAAUGAUAUACCUAGCGAAGACUCCAUUGACGUUGUCGUCGCUGCAAAUCAACCGUCCGACUACACGACAGUUUCUACGUUCCAUUGUACACCGUCCGUCAUCCGCAUUGACGAGUCCGGGGCAAUUCACGUUCAGGAUAGAAUGCAGCUACCUCAGAUAGACCAGGAACCGGAACCGGAAGUGGUAGUAUCAACGGAAACAAUGACCAAACAAGGGCAUAACCCCGUUAUGGUACAAAGACAGUUAUCCGUAGACUUUGAUGAGGAUGUCGAAUGUUUGGAAGAUGAUCCAGACGUCGCACUAAUUCCUGUCCGCAAAAACGCAAGUGGACGUCGAAAGCACAAACACCAGCAGAACCAGGUCCCCAUGCAUCAGUACUCGGUGGACCAAAAUCUACACCGGAACGUGUACAUGCGCGCGCUGAGAGAUGCACGAAACAAAUACUUCAAGCACGUGCCUCUUGAUAAGACGGUUACAAAGCCGUUUGAAUUUUCAUACUUCACUUUGCUCAGUAGAAAUGAGGAAGGAGAAGUGACAACAGAAAAGAGGAUGAAGAAACCGUACGGGAUGAAGAGGAUUUUCGGUGAGAUUCGUAUGGACGAGUAUUACCCGGUAGUACAGACGAAGAAAUAACGAACAGCUAGACAUGACACAUGUGUUAAAUAUGUCGGGUAGGAGACGAGCAUCAGACAAGAACAUAUUUCGGGCAGGAAAAGCGUGUCAAUGAUGGGACUUAACAAAUUUGUCAAAUAGGAGACGUGUCAGACAAGAGACUUGUCAAACAAGACGCUGCAUAUUAUGUUAUGAUACAAUAGUUUGUAUCCAUUGGCAACGCUCAAUGAUAUGUAGCAUUAUAACGGUGUCGAUAUGGUGUGGUGUUCGAGGUUAACGACGAUCAAAUUUAAAGCCUGCAAGUCCUAAAAGAUUUCUAACAUUACGUGCAUUUCUAAAUAGUUCAUAUACCUCUAAAAUAUUUAUUAUCUUUACAUCAUCUACCGUCAUAACACCAGUCCUGAUUUAUACUACCACCCGUCACAACACCCGUCACAUCACCCGUCACAACACCCGUCACAACAUCCGUCACAACACCCGUCACAACACCCGUCCUGAUUUAUACUACCACCCGUCACAACACCCGUCACAACAUCCGUCACAACACCACUCACAACACCCGUCCUGAUUUAUACUACCACCCGUCACAACACCCGUCACAACACCCGUCACAACAUCCGUCACAACACCCGUCCUGAUUUAUACUACCACCCGUCACAACACCCGUCACAACACCACUCACAACACCCGUCCUGAUUUAUACUACCACCCGUCACAACACCCGUCACAACAUCCGUCACAACACCAGUCACAACACCCGUCCUGAUUUAUACUACCACCCGUCACAACACCCGUCACAACACCCGUCACAACACCCGUCACAACAUCCGUCACAACACCCGUCACAACACCCGUCAC